AUCCCACUCACACAAGCUCUAACACUGAGAAAACUUAUCAGGGGUGGCACUUCAUAAUUUUCUGCUCAGGACUGCUUUGGGAUUUUACAAACUAUCCUCCAAGGAACUAGUGGCAUUCUUUUCAUAAGCCUUAGCUUUUUUGCCUGCUUGGCAGACCUCUAUUUAGCUCUUUGGUGAAUAGUUCAGAGGGCCCCUGUGUAGCCCUGCCUGCAGAUCCAGAAUAAACUUCGCCUUGACCUAUCCUGCCUGACAUCCACCUGCAACCAUGACAACCAAAUCCACCAGCAGUGUUUUGGUUGGGAAAGCCUGCUCCUCCCCUCUCUUGUCCUCUCCGCCUCAACAGCGCCUGGUCACUAAAGAUGGACACUGUGCCCUAAGUUCCCCUCGGUGUCCCUCGGGCUCAUGGUGCAGGUUAUCAGGCACAGCCUGGCUGCUGGCUCUGCAGGACUUGUGGGGACUGUUGGUGGGUCUACGGUGGAGAUGGGUCCUGCUGGCCUUCUGCACCUCCUUUCUCACCCACUGGCUGCUGUUUGCCUGUCUGUGGUACCUACUGGCCCACCUCAACGGAGACCUGGCUGUAAAGGAUCACGAUGCCCCCCCACAGGGGCAUGUAGUUUGUGUAAAACACAUUACUAGCUUCACCGCUGCCUUUUCCUUCUCCCUGGAGACACAACUGACCAUUGGCUAUGGCACCAUGUUCCCCAGUGGGGAUUGUCCCAGUGCCAUUGCAUUACUGGCUGUUCAGAUGCUGCUGGGGCUCAUGUUGGAAGCAUUCAUCACAGGUGCAUUUGUAGCCAAGAUUGCACGUCCACAGAAGCGAGCAGGAGCCAUCCAGUUCAGCCCCCAGGCAGUGGUGGGCCAACACCAGGGCCAAAUGUGCCUCAUGCUACGAGCCACCAACCUACUGCAGCAACCUCUGGUGGAUGUAAAGGUGAGUGCUGUGCUCUACGAGGAGCAUGAAGGUCAGGCCCUCCACCAGACUUCUCUGGACUUCCUCUUGGAUCAUAUGGGGCAGCAGCCCUGUCCCUUCUUUAUCUUCCCACUAACCUUUUACCACCCCCUGGAUCGCCAGAGCCCCCUUUACCCCACACUGUGUGAGGGCACAUCUAACAACUUUGAGUUGGUGGUCUUUCUGUCAGCUUUGCAAGAGGGAACUGGUGACUCCUGUCAGAAGAGGACCUCCUACUUGCGCCAAGAAAUCCAGUUUGACCGUUGCUUUGUCCCAGCAUUGGGGAUGGAUGCUCGGGGGAGGUACAUGGUGAGCACCCAACACUUUGAUACAGCCCACUCAAAAGAGCCUUUUAACAAGGAUUGUGUUGUGCAGAUCAAUGGAGAUGGCAGCGACAGGACAGAGUAAGGAUGCUGAAGGACAGUGCUCAUAGGGACAGAUCAAAGCAUUCGUGGAGAAGUGUCUCAAACUACUUGAUUUAAAUUGAUAGAUCUGAAUUUAUCUUUAAACAUUAUAUAUUAAAAUGUGUAACAGACAUGGGUGCUACAGUGGACUCCCUCACCUGGAGGCCCUUAUUCUACACAAAGUGUAAUAAUGACCCCAUGGCUUCCUACCCAUCAGUACUAUCAUUUGUGUUGAUUGGAUUGCCUGAAUACUGUUACAAAAUUGGUAUUAUUUUUGCCAUUUGGUUCUGUCUGUUAGAAUAACAACAUUCUUACCAUGUGAAAAGCUAAUAACUCAAGAUAUGGUUACACCACUUAAAAGAUAUCUAGAGGGGCAAGUAACAGGAAUUGUCCGACCAUAAAACAAAUAUAUUCUAACAGUUUACAGACCCACAUCCUGUUUCAACUUUGACCUGAUGCUACUGUAGGUGCUUGUUAGAAUAUGACUGCGUUAUGAGCUAUGCGUCAUAUAGUCUUAUUAUAAUUCAUGAAACCUAUGGCCAGGAAACAAAAACAAAAUCCAAGGCAUAAUAAAACACUUCUGUUUAAAAGUUUUCAAAAUGAUAGUCUUUUAUUAUUCCUAUUUUUGUGUAAGGUGAAAUUGUGAGGUCAGGCUAUAUUAGAAAAUAUUUGAUUUGGUUGGGAUGGCACAAUCAAUUUCGAAUUCAGCAGCUGUAAUCAACAUUUAAUCAUAAAUAAUCAAUCAAAUUGUUAUAUCUAGCAUGGAAUCAGAAAUUCAUAGAAACCGACGCACAGAGGGUCCCAAAUUAGUAUUAUUGUGUUUAUUUUACCACUUAUUGUUGCAUCUCAUUUGGUUCUUGAUUCAGGCUUCAUGAUCUCCAUCAACCUUCAUCACAGCUUCUGAUUUUUUAAACAAGCGAACACAUAUGGUUAGACUGUUUUUGGUAAACCUUGUGUAAUAUUUGAGAGAAAAAUAUUUCCAUCAGAAGGUGGUGGAGACCAAAACAGAGACAAAAGAUAAGGUAUAUUAAGCGGGAUAAAUCAGGUAAACACAUUUUGUUUAUAAGAUGAUAGUAUGUGUCAGGGGAAUCUACCAGCUUCUUCUCUUGUCAAACAUUUUGCCUUAAGGAAAAUAUUAAUAUAAUUUGAAUGCCUGUGUGCAUUUAAACAUUUCUGACCUUGUUGCCAAUCUUCUUUAUUGUGAUCAAAUAAAUAUGUUGGGGGGUAUUAGAGCAGGGGUCUCCAAACUACAGCCCGCGGGCCAUCUGGGCCCGCCAUCCAUUUUAAAUUUGCCCACCUAAAAAAAAAGCCACUUACUUAUAGCACUUUGUAGUUUUGCUCUAUUUUUGAAGAAAUUGUACUUUCUUGAUUCUUGUUGUUAGGGGUUUGUACCCUCUGGAACCCUUGAAUGCAUUGAUUGUAAAUCGCUUUGGAUUAAAGCGUCAGCUAAAUUAAUUGUAAUGUAAUGGACUAUGGCCCACUGUAUUGUACUUCUCAGAUAAGACACUAGGUGGCGCCCAACUCACACCUGAC